UGUAAUGUAAAAUAUAAACAAUUGGAACGCGCGUUUCAAGGAGCACAGUGUGUAGUGUAGCUUCUUCAAUAUUUAUUGAUUUACGCUUUUAUCGCCCAAGGUCUUCAAUUACAGUUAAAUCAAUUAAUUGCUUUGCUUUUCAAGUGAUUAUAGUAAUUUUAUUAGCAUGUGCUCCGUUGAUCAAGAUUUCACUAAUGAGAAUUCAAUGUUAGAUUCUGAUGCAGAAGCUGCUUUUUUGCAGGAUUUAGUAAAUGGGAAACCGGUCAGAAAAAGUACUUCUUUGCAUAAAAUGAAACCGGAAAGAAAUUACUCUAAAGUUUUAGUUAUAUAUACAGGUGGAACGAUAGGUAUGAUUAAGAAUGAAAAAGGAGCUUAUGAAUCUGUAUCAAACUUAAUGGAAAAGAAGAUAAAAACAUAUCCUCAACUUCAUGAUCCUACUGCUGCAGAAGAAUUUCAACCUUUCUUUCCCGAUGAAAAUAUUCUAGUCUUACCUGAUACUGGAGAAGCAUGUAGAGUAGUCUAUACAGUUGAAGAGUAUAAUCCUUUGUUAGACUCCUCCAAUAUGACCAUGGAUGACUGGAUAAGAAUAGCAAUGGACAUAAAGAAAGCGUAUGAAGAAUACAACGGAUUCAUAGUGUUACAUGGAACUGAUACUAUGGCGUAUACUGCAUCAGCGCUUUCUUUUAUGUUAGAGAAUUUAGGCAAAACAGUUAUCAUUACAGGUUCACAGAUACCGUUAUAUGAAGCACGAAGUGACGGUAGAGACAAUCUGAUGAAUUCUUUAAUAAUAGCUGGAAAUUAUUGCAUUCCGGAAGUGACUAUUCUUUUUAAUAAUAAACUCUUCAGAGGAAACCGAACCAGUAAAAUCAGCACAUCCAGUUUAGAUGCAUUUAGUUCACCGAACUUGCCACCCCUUGUAAAAAUGGGAAUUGGGAUUCAUGUUGAAUGGAGAAAUGUGUUUCGUCCAUCAAGCAUUGAAAAGUUUAGUGUUCACAGUUCCCUAAAUCACAAUGUUGGACUAUUAAGGCUGUUCCCUAGCAUUACUGUUGAAGUGGUUCGUGCCUUCUUAAGUCCACCAAUCGAAGGAGUUGUUUUGCAGACAUAUGGUGCUGGAAAUGGACCUUCACAAAGGAAGGAUCUUUUUGAUGAAUUGAAACGAGCACAUCGGAGAGGAGUCAUAAUUGUAAACUGCACACAAUGCUCUCUUGGCCAAGUGGAUCCGUCCUAUGAAACUGGAAGGGCUCUUGUUGAUGUAGGUGUAGUUCCUGGAUCUGAUAUGACACUUGAAGCAGCUUUAACUAAGUUAAGUUAUGUACUUAGCAAGAAAGAAUGGACGAUUCAAACAAAAAGAACUAUGAUGAAGGCUAAUUUACGAGGAGAACUAACUGUUUAUAAAGACAUGAAAUUUGAAGACAUAGAUGUUGUGACUGCCGUCAUCAAAACUCUUAGAUUGUCUUCUUCAGAGGAAGUGGAUGCUUUAAGAGAUGCUAUUUCUCCUGCUAUAUUGUGUAGUAUUGUAUCUGAAGGAAAUUUAGAGAAACUUGAAAUAAUGAGACAAUUUGGUGCAUAUCUUUCUGCUUGUGAUUACGAUUAUAGAACUCCUCUCCAUAUAGCUUGUGCCGACGGAAAUAUAACCAUUGUUGAAUAUCUACUUAAACAUGGCGCUAGUAUUCAUAUGAGAGAUAGAGAGCAUAGGACUCCAUUAAUGAAUGCAGUUCAAAAUGAUCAUCAUGAAGUAAUUAAACUUCUUGUAAAGGCUGGAGGUUAUUUGAAUUUGCCAUCUUCAAUCAUAGCCGAUAUGAUAUGCAGUGCUGCAAAAGAUAAUAAUUUGCGUCGACUUGAAUCUUUGUAUUUGGCGGGUGCAGAUCUAAAUGAAAUUGAUACUACAAGAAGAUCGGCUCUGCAUUAUGCUGUUGAAAUGAAUAAUGAAGAUGCUGUUAAUUUUUUGUUGGAACAUGGAGUAAAUUUUACUCAGCGCGACCUUUAUGGUAACAAUGUCUGUGAUAUUGCUAAGAUUUUAAAACAUGACAGUUUGAUGGAAAUUUUAGGAAAAAUUUCCAACUCUGAAUAAGGUUUUUAGUCUUAAUUUCAAAUUUUAGGCUUCUAGUCAAAGAAAAUUGCCUUUUUACUGAAGACUAUUUUUCAACUUCCAGCUUGAAAGUUUGUAAGAUAUUUUCGUUGUUGCUUUGUAUUUAUUUAUUCUGGGAUUUUGCUUUAAAUUCAAUUUCGGUGCAAAUAUUUGCUCAAUAACUCCUAAUGUUAAAAAUAUAUAAAUUUCUUGCACCUUCCAUUUUAUUCCGAUAUUUAUAAUACAAAUCAUUUGAUUAAGAAAACGUUCAACACACAGAUUAAAAUUAUUGUCAAGUUUUAAAAGGGGAAGUAAUUUGAAGAAGAUAGGAAUGAAAAAAGUGUUUUGUUAUUAUUAUACUUUAUCUAUAUCUGACUGAGCAUCAUUAUUCUUUUAAUGACCUCAAUUGCAGGCAAAACAAUUGAGUAGGAAAUCAAAAUAUAUCUGAGAAAUGAGAUACCUUAAGUUAAAUUACAUUAAAAAUUAUUUUUAAUUUACUUCUCUCUUGUUUUGAUGGCAUGUUACGAUAUGCGAUGAAUUAAAAAAUGUAUUUUUAAUAUUUGCCUAGCAAUUAGGACAGAGAAGAGUACUUGAAAAUGACAAGAUAUAAAUGUGAAAGUUUUAGACCAACUAUGAGAAAUGUUUUUGUAAGACAUUGUAAAUUUGUUUAGAAAAGAAAUUAUAUAAUCAUAAUUGAGGCUUGUGCAGCGUGCAUCUUCUAUGGCAUGUUAAGAAUCCUCAUUAUAAUGCUGCUUUUUCAAAGGUCUUUCAGGUUACAUUUUCUAGCAUUUUUAAAAGUUUAUGAACUCUGUUGCCUCAGCAUGAGUAGCAUUGUAAUUUUAUUGCCUAUGAAGAAUAACAUAUACAUGUAGAUUUUUGAAGUAUAAGUCAGCUAUCCUUUUAUCUGUCAAAAGCAUUAUGAUAAUCUGCACUCGGCCUCAUUUGGUAUUUUUCAAAUUUCGAUUAUACUAUAUUUAUAAAUUUAAUAAUUGUAUUUCUUUAUUUUGGGAAAAGCAUUUUGGUUGUCUUAAGCCAAUCAAAUUCAUUUCUAUUAAAGCACGAUUGCAUAAAUAUUUGUGUGAAGGAAUUAAAGUAAACUCCCAUGUUUGAUAAACAGUCAUGAAUUGAAAUACUUUUUAUCAUUCGUCAGAUGGCCUUCAUAAUAAUAAUUUAACUUCCCUAGCUGUUUCAGCAAGGCUUAUACCUAAGAAAGUAAUAAUUCCAGUCAUUUUGAUUUGAAGAUUAAAGAUUAGAUUAUUAGAUUAAAGACAAGAUUAUUAAAAUAAAAAAUAUUACUAAUGAAUUUCCAUAAUUUUAUUUUGUAAGUACAUUAAAUGAGAGCGCAUUUGGACUUCAAAAGCUAAGGGACAUAUAGAGAAAUAAUUAUUCCCUAUUUUUUUUAAAUUGUUACUAAAUUGUUACCUUUCCCUUUUUACUAAAUUGUUACCUUUUUAUUUCAAUUUACAUUAACAAUUCAUUGAAAACUCAUGGAUAAUUCGAUAUAAUAUAAAAGUAAUUUUGAUUUCAUUGCAAUAUUAGGCAUACAAUAAUGAAUUCUAAAAAUUUGUGGAAUUUCUCCGAACAUGCAUCUUUUAUAGAUGCCCCUAUUACUGUUUAAGUAUUUGGUUGUAAAUGUGACAUGGGAAGUAAUAUUCGGAAUUUUACUGUUCGCGAUUUUAUAUUAAAUCUUAAUACAAAUUAAAGUAGAAAUAUCUAAUCCUUAGCAUUGCAGAAGAUAAAUUUAUAAUACUUACUUUUAUUCUGUUACAUGCUGAUAGCUGUGUAAUCUUUUUUUAUGUAGUUGGUUUCUCAAUCCAUAUUCUGAAGCAUAUAUUCUAAUAAGGGCCAUAUGGUGAUUACUGUAAUUUGCUCAAAUGAAUAUUGAUGCUCUAAAUGUAUUGGGUAUUGCUAUAUUUAGUAAAGAAAACAUGUGGGUUGAAAAAACUGAGCUGCUAUUAUAUUGGAAAUCAAAAAUAGGUCAAAACUCAAUUUUUGGCUUGAUGUAAUAUACAAAUAUAUUAUCGCGCUGCUGUAUUUUUGUAUUGUAUCUUCUACAUAGUUUUGCAGAAUUGAGCUAUUUUUCUCUUCCCUUUUAGUUUAAUAGGUUGAACUUUUUGGUCAUUUUUUAUGACAUGAUGCAUCACUGAAUGACAAUCUAUGACUUAUCUAUCUGUCAUAUGAUUCGGCUUGAUAAUUAAUGAUAAAUUAAUAUAUCUAUUCUUAUGAUUUCUUUAUUACAAAAUUUUACAUAAACAACAUGCUUGAUAAAACUUUAAUGUAUGGAAACUUUAAUUAUUAUCACUAUUAAAAAAAGUGAAAAUCGACAAAAAAAAAAAAAAAGAUUUAAUUCUGUCCAUGGAAGAAUAUUUUGAUUUCUCUCUCCCUUUCAGGGGUGGUGAAUAUCUUUGAGUUUAGUUGAUCGUCAUAAAAAGUUUUGAAUUUACUUUUAUGUUAAAAAUUUUCUAAUUAGACUAGAGAUUUAUGUACAUCUUGUAUGUUAAGUAAAUGGAUUGAAAUAUGAAAAGCAUAUAGAUUGUAUUAAAAAAAUAUAAAAUCCUGAACUAUUGUCAGGAAUGUAAUAUAUCAUUAUGUUGAGAAUUCUUAAUGGUCAUAUUUGAAGUCUAAUUUUAUAAUAGACUUGGAAUGAUAAAAUUUCUAUGAACACUUUAAAUAACACUAUGAUCCACUAAUAACAUGAUUAUCAGCUUCAAAUUUACAUUAGACUACAACUCCAGCAGUUAUACAUUAUUUUAUAAACGAGAAAAAAAAAAGGAAAUUUUUUCGAUUUUUGAAAGCACAUAAAAUUUAAAUAAGCAUUUGUUAUCCAAAGAUCUCAAGGUGCCCAAUCUAAGUAUGGUACUCUACUCUGCCAGUAUUCUUGAUUAAAGAAGUCCAAGUAUUAAGCUUCGGAUAUAAUAUAUUCAAAGAAAAUCUCAUCUAAUAUUAUUAAUAGUGUAUUCGAAUUAUCUUAAGGAAAAAUACUUAGUUAUAUCUUAAAGACAAAAUAAAAAAUUUAGUUGAUUUUUUGUUGUUGAGAAGUUAAAAGAAAAACCCAGCAGUGUUUCAAUUCAGAAAACAGUUGAAUGUGUUGAUUGUUCUAUCAUUAUAUUUCAGACUACCUGUUUACUGUAUUUACACUUCAAAAUACCAUCCUGUCAAAAGUUUAAGACUUUCCAAAAGAAUAUUUUGUUUGGCUCCUAUAGGAUAAAAAUAAUACGCGUAUGGAAGAUGUUAAUAGAAGUUUUGCUAUAAAGUCUUUCAAAUGUAAUAAAGAAGUUUAAAAAGUUUAAUCCACGUUUUUCUUAAAUUACGCCCUAGCUAUUAUAAUCUAAAAUCAUUUGAUAUUUUCGCAUGGUUACAGGUACUUUUGAACCGUACUAUUUAAAAAUGUCUCAGUAUGAAAUUCUUAUGCAAAUUUUAAAGAAUAUAUGAAUGAAAGAUAUUUGCUUUAAGAAAAGAAUGAAAUUUACUGAAGUACUAAUUUUAUAAAAUAUACAUUGUGUUUAUAAAUUUCUACAUAGCACAUGUUUUAUUAAACAUAACUUUGUAUUUGCUUUAAAUAAUCAACAAUUUAUUUCGUUUCCUUUAACCUGUUGAGUUUGAAAUUAUGUAAGAACUUGAUAAAUUUCUGCUUUCCUAUGCCAUUAUAUUAGUUUGAUUUUCGACAAAUGAAAUUAUUUUAAGUUAUAAUAAUGAAUCAUCCAAUUUUGAAUACAUCCGGUGGAAUAAUAUAAUGCAACUAAACUGUGGCACUUUAAAGAAAAUUUAAAAAACAAUGAAAAAUAAACUCCAUAUACAUUUAAAAUUUUAUUGCUUGUAAACUAAUUUAUUAAUUGCAUUAGCACUUAUUGUACAUGUUUCAAUACAUUAUAGUGUAUGUGAAAUUACAAAAAACUCAGCCUAAUGAGAUUUUUAAUAAUGAUAACUGCUCAAAUCAUACAUAUAUGCUUUUAACAUGAACACACAAAAAGACAUUUUGAAUUUUCUAUGAAAAUAUUCUAAAUGUAUUUUGGCAUGGAUAAUUUUUCAAAAAUGCUGCAGAAGUUAUAAACAUUUAUCUAAUAAUAUAAUCUUGCAUAUCUAGUUAUAUGUUAAAUAUUCACAUACUAUAAAACAUUUUUUAUUAAGCAAUUAUAAAUAGUGAAAGCUGUAUAAAGUCAAGACUGUUUAUUAAUUAUUUUUUUCCAUUUUUUUUUUUUUUCAUUUUUUUAUAAAUAAAUUGUGCAGAAAAGUCUAAUUAAUUUUUGUAUCCUAAUUUUGCAUAAUUUUGAAGUUUGUUUUUAUGUAGUUGUAUUCAAUUUUGAAAUCAUUUCUUAGUAUCUGUUAAAAAGUAAAUUCUUUUAGAAUUCCUGAAUUAUAAAACAAGCUUAUUUUCAGUUCAGUGGUUAUGUAGAUUGUUUCUCGUGCAUUUUUGAAAUUAAAACGAUCAUUUUAUAUCAACUAUGUGUUUGCAAAAUUCAUACAGUAUAAAAUCAUAACUUAUUUUUAAUAUUGUGUGCCUUUUACAUUUUUAGAUAUAUUUUAUGUUUUAUUUUGUGUUUUUUAGGUAACUAUGUAUUUAUUUCUUUGUACAGAAACAUUUAUGUUUGUUAAAAUUUACUUUUAUGGGGGGUUUUUUAUGUAUUCAACAAAACUAAUAUUUCGAAUUGAAGUUUUCACUGUUAUGAAUACAUUGUAAAACUAGUUGUGAUUCUUCAUAUUCUCACUCUUUUUUUCAAAGGAAUAUAUUAUGUAUUGUUAAGAAUUUUUGUUAGAAUAUUUAUUUACUUUUGUAUAUAAUUUUUACUUGAAAAGGGUUUUUUUCUUUUUUGGAAGCAUAUACAACCAGAGGCAAAUAUAAAAGAAUACUAAUCCAUCAAGAUUUCAUUAACACUAAAUGACCGUCUGAUAAUGCUUUCAUAAAAUGCGAGUUUCUUUGAAAUAUUUUCAUCAAUAUUGAUAGAGCUAUAGAGCAACUCCUUGAUUUAGAUUCUUUUGAUAAAAGCAUGCAUUUUUAAUGCUUAUUUUCCUUCUAUAUGUAUCACUGAUCAAUUUGUGAAAAGUUUGAGAUUUAUAUUUUGUCCUUUUAACUAAAACAAAGUGAUGUGUCUCUUAAGUUAAUAAUCAUGUAUUAAAAUUAUUUUAAUAAGCUGUUGCAUAUUAUAAUAUUUGUUUUGUAACUAAUUGAUAUAAUUAUAUUUGAAAUUCUACUGUAUAUAUAAAGAACAAGUUAUGGUUCAUUGAUUGGAACAUAUAUAUUGUAUUGUUUUCAACAAAAGAAAUUUCUGUAUCAUUAUAUGCAAAUCUCAUUUAUGAUAAGCAGUUUCAUUCAAAAGUACUUUUGGACUGACUAAUUACAAAGUUUCUGAAUGUAACUUGCUGUGGACAUUUGUUUCUAUUCAAAGACCUGCAAAGAAGGGACAAUGUAGAGACAUUAUAUACAUUUUUUUUAAAUUUAUCUUAGUCUUAAUGGAUCAAUUUCUAAAUGUGCUAUUAUUAAAAGUUUAUUUGAAAACAAGUGCUGUAGGUGCAAAUGUCCCAGGCACCAGUUUUAUUUACAGUAGUAUUUACAGUAGUAACAAAACGUUUUUUUUUACUUUAAAAGUGGUAUAGACACACUAUUAAGGGAACGAAACUAUAAUGCUAUACCCCGGACACCGUUUAUAGUAACAGAAAUAUUGAUGUGAAAUACGGUGAAAACACUGCAUGCCCAAGGUAUCAGUUACUCAUACUAUGUCAUUGUUGAAAGUAUGUACUUUUUCCGAUAUUCUCAAAUGCUGUUUCAUCAGUUAUUUUUAAUGUAAAUUCUGAUUUUAUAUUUUACUAAAGUAUAAUUUGAUUCUCUGUAGUUAUGUGAUAUUAAGUUAGAUAUUUUAUUAAAGAUGGAUUUAUUAUAUUCACAUUUUUUUAAUCCCAUUACAAAAAGGAAUAUAGAAUCAAUUUCUUUUAAAAAGUCUUUUCUAUUUUCAAGCAAAUUUGACUUUAGGAUAAACAUUUGCCUUUAAAAACAGGACGAAUAAUAAAAGGUGAUACAAUAUAUUUAUUCACAUAAUGAUAUUUUACAGAAUGGAUUUGAUGUUUUUAUAGCAUAUAUUGCAAUUAUAAUGCUGUUCCAAUACUAAAUAAAUUUUUAAAAAACAUCAAUACUAAUUUACAUUAAAAAGCUCAUAAAUAUUCAUUACAGGAAAAAAAAUAUGCUCUAUAUAUGUCCUCUCCUUUUGGUAUAUUAAUUGAAAUAAUAUAUUAUCAAAUUUUACAAAGAAAAGCAUAAGGCACAUGUUUGUCAUUUAUAAUGCAUCAUCACCACUUUAAAUCCCCAAUCAUCUUCUACUUAAAACUAUGCCAUUCUUAGAAUCUGCCUCAGAAAAGAAUGUCCUCCCCCCCCCCCUUUUUUUUUAAUAAGCAUAUUUUUAAGUUGAAAAUAAUUGUAAUUGGGUCUGUAAAAACGUAGAAUCUCUAUUGAAUUUUGUAUCUUAUUAGUAAUAAAUUAUCUGGUUUACUUUUGUUGUGAUA